CGAUAGAACAACCAUGGUAUAUACCAGAAAUGUGUCUGCCCUCGAAAGAGUUCCAAUUUUAACAGUGAAUAUUUUUGUAUAUGUAUGUUAAAGGUUAUUGAAUAAACGGACUACCACCUCUUUAUGGUUAUUAUGUUCAAACUUCAAAAGGCAAAAACAUUUAAUUUAAGAAUGCAAACAAUAUGCACACCGCAAGAGUAUAUUUUGUGAACAAAUAACAAUUUAAAACAAUAUUCAUCGUCCAAUAGGAUCCCGUGCGUCGAUACAAUAAAUAUACUAUAAGUAUGGUUAGUGAAGGGUUUGACUUCCUGGAUGAGGGAAGAAAGAAGAGGUCUGCGUAUGACCGGAAGUCUCUAGGAUUGAGCGUCUUCUCCGUCUGCGUCGCCUUCGCUGUCGGAAUGCUGAUUGGUCAUUACGCCAUCAAGAAGAAUACCGAGCCGGACCCAAUAUCUAGCACGUCUCGCGCGCCCGACGGGAUUGGAGGAACGACAUUGCCGUCGGUUGGAGAGAGUUCAUUAGCAGCGUCUUCAAUAAUGACAAACACCCAGUCUCAAUCGACGACGAGCGUCCAUCAGACAACGAGGGUCGAGACAACGAGUACACAUGCGCACGUGACAACGUCACAGCCGCCAGGAACGUCCGGUACUCAGACCUCCCUGAACACUCCCGUAUCCAGUACCAUGACCACCCAGAGCAGCACAUCAUCGGGCACCCAGAGCUCCCCGGGAACAACAACGGCGUCCACUGGGGACGCACAAACUGACGGCGUGUUUCUUGCCAAUGUGUCAGCUGCCAUUAUAAGGGAAGCCAAUCCUAAUAUCACCGAUGUCCUCCUCAAUGAAAUCAACGCAACGAACAUCCGGGAAUACUUGCGCGAGCUGGUACGCGCCCCGCACGUGGCUGGCACGAAGAGCGACUAUGAGCAGGCGGAGAUGCUGCGGACGUUCUGGCUCGACAGCGGCUUGGACGUCGCAGUCACUACGCCAUACGAUAUCCUCCUGUCGUAUCCAAACGAAACGGUACCAAAUCUCGUACGAGUUUUAGAUGAGAACGAAACGGAAAUCUUCAAAUCUGAGGACAAUGAAUAUAAUUUGACAGAAGAGGAAAGACCUUGGGAGUUUCCGUUUCCAUACCUUGGCUAUUCCGGAAACGGCGUUGUUCGGGGUCCUCUGGUGUACGUGAACUACGCUCGUCAGGAGGACUUCGACUACCUGACAGAGCAGGGCAUCAACGUCAGUGGCUGCAUUGCGCUGGCCCGAUAUGGAAUGGGUGGACGGGCGGGAAAGGUCCGGCUGGCGGAAGAGCACGGCGCCGUCGGGGUGAUCAUGUACGCCGAUCCCGGGGACUACAUCGCACCCUGGGCCACCGACUACUAUCCGGACUCCAUCUGGAUUCCGCCAACAGCGACCUCUCGUGGCAGCAUCUUCAUGGGCACCGGCGACCCCCUCACACCCGGAUACCCGUCAAUAGACUCUGCCUACCGGUACAAUGAAACAGACCCAGAAGCCAAUCUACCCAAGAUUCCCGCGAUGCCGGUCGGCUGGGGUUUCGCCGAGAAACUGCUUCGGAACCUGUCCGGAAACGCAAGUCCUGCGAGCUGGCGUGGGAGACUGAAUGCCACCUACAUGAUUGGACCUGGCUUCGAAGACAAUAACUGGAGGGCGGAGUUGAGCGUGCACACGACCAAUCUGAGGCGGCGCUCCUACAACGCGUUCGGAAUGAUACGGGGCGAGUCGGAACCAGACCGCUACGUGCUGCUCGGCAACCAUCGUGACUCCUGGGUGCUGGGCGCCAUCGACCCCUCGAGCGGCACCGCAACAAUGAUGGAGCUUUCACGUGUGCUGGGGAAGCUGGUCAAGGAGGGCACGUGGCGCCCGAGACGGAGUAUCAUCUUCUGCAGCUGGGGCGCCGAGGAGUUUGGCCUCAUUGGCUCCACAGAGUGGAUCGAGGAGAACAGCAAGACACUUGACUUCCGCACAAUUGCCUACAUCAACAUGGACAUUGCUGUGACAGGCAACUACUCGAUACGUGGUCUAGGAAGUCCUCCAGUGUUCACAGCUAUGUACAGGGCGGCUCAAAGGGUGCCCGAUCCAAACGUAACUGAAACGAAGAACACUUCCGUGUAUGACGUCUGGUUGGCAAGGAAACCACUCCAGAGUGUCACCCGCAACAACACAAACAUGCCUGAUAUAAGAAGCCCGGGCGAGGGCAGCGACUACGGGACGUUCAUGCAGCGCGCGGGUAUCACGUGCGCGGACUUCAGAUACGACCAGGACUAUGUCGGUGACCGGGUGCUAUUCUACCCGCUGUAUCACACCAGCUACGAGACUCUUCACGCCGUGGAGAAUCUCAUAGACCCAGGGCUUAAGUUGCACGCCACUAUCGGGAAGCUAUCAGGCGAGCUGCUGAGGGACCUGGCGGACUCCAAGCUGCUGCCGUUCAAUAUGAGCGAUUAUGUGCUCUUCCUUCGCGAUUACACAGAAGCCUUUAGGAAAAACGCUACCGAGGAAAUGGAGAGACACAGCCUCAAUAUGAGUGAGCUGGAUGGAGUUAUUGAUAUGUUCGAGGAGGCAGCGGAGCGCUUUCAUAUGUCUCUACAAGACAUUAACCGUAACAAUCCGUUCGAGAUUCGCCGGGUCAAUGACCAGAUGAUGCAGGUUGAGCGAACCUUUCUGGACCCAGCCGCACUUCCUGGCCGUCCUCAACUUUACAGACAUCUGGUUCAUUCCGGGUCACAGUUUGUGUCAUUUCGUGGUCCAAGUUUCCCUGGUCUUCAAGAUGCUCUGUAUUACCUACGGAAAGAUCCGACAAACGCAGAGUUCAUCCGAGGGCUCCAGCACCAUUUCUCAGUUCUGGUGUUUACAAUUCAAGGCGCUGCUAACAGCUUAAAGGAUGCAACUGAUUUUCUUCGACAUGAAGACAAUAGCACCAUGCCACUUUUCUGAUAACUUACACAUUUGACACAAGAACGAUUCUUUUAAUUACAUGUCUGUUUCAUUUGCAUUAAUAAUCAAAUAUACAAAGUGUACAGUUUUGGGACCACGCGCAGUUGAAAUACCAAGUACUUUAUAAUGGGACUAUUGUGUAACUAGUAACAAUAUAAUAACUAAUUUUUGUCCGAUUAAAAAAAACAUUUUUGUGACUUUAACCAAAUAUAAAAACUUUUUCACAUGCUCUAAAAAAAUUUUACAUGGAACCGCUAUAUUUCUGGAAUUAGCUUUAUUUUUGGCGGCAAUUUGGCCAGUAGCAUAAAAAGUUCCUCUAAUAAGGAAAUAUUUGACUUCUUGGUUUUACACAAAUGUCAGGGGUUACGAGAGGCAAUGUUUAAUCAUUGUGAUACACUGCCAAUUUGUGAAAAAAAUUAAAUUAAAAAUGAGAAGUUUAUAUGUUUUGGCAAAAUAAUUAACAUUUUACAAAUAAUGAUUGAAUCAACAUCCGUUUCAUAAUGCUAUACACUUUUGUCAAGUUAUUUGAAAAUCCAACCAUGCAGGACAAAGUUAUGUUUCAGACAAAAUGUCAAGUAAAAAUUUCCCAAAAUGUGACCUUUUAACUUGAAUUGUGACCUUGAACUUGGACCUAGGGACCCUGAUCUUGAGCCUGACACCCUUAUUUAUUAUGAUGAUCACUUGUGGCAAGCAAUAUAAACAUUUAUUCAUGCUGGUAAAAGUCAUGCUACAGACAAAGUUUUAAGUACUAAUUUGACCUUUGUCCUUAACAUAGUAAUGCUGCAAACAAAAACAUUCCUCUGCUGUACUCCAGGAAUACUUCUGUUUUUUAAAAACAGGUGUAUAAUGAGACUCAAGAAGAAAUGUGUUUGUCAGAAACACUAUGUCCCCUUCUGCGCCGCUUUGAUUUUUUUUACCUUUGACCUUGAAGGAUGACCUUGACCUUUCACCACUCAAAAUGUGCAGCUCCACGAGAUACGCAUGAAUGCCAAAUAUGAAGUUGCUAUCUUCAAUAUUGCAAAAUGUUAAAGUUUGGGCAAACAAACAAACAAACCAACGGACAGGGCAAAACCAAUAUGUCCCCCACUAUAGUGGUGGAGGACAUAAAAAAGCUGUAUUUGGAAGCCAAUGCCUCAUUGAUACACGGUGAUAAACAUUGAUAGUUAGAAGCCAAGGCCACAUGGAUUCACAGUGAUAUCGGAAGCCAAGGCCACAUGGUUUCACAGUGAUAUUGGAAGCCAAGGCCACAUGGAUUCACAGUGAUAUUGGAAGCCAAGGCCACAUGGAUUCACAGUGAUAUCUGAAGCCAAGGCCACAUGGAUUCACAGUGAUAUCGGAAGCCAAGGCCACAUGGAUUCACAGUGAUAUUGGAAGCUAAGCCCACAUGGAUCCACAGUGAUAUUGGAAGCUAAGCCCGCAUGGAUUCACAAUGAUAGACAGUGACAGUAAGAAUGUGGUUUCAAUGCAGGUGUACAGCCAAAAAAACAAUAACAUAGAUUCUGUACAAUCCCGUUUUUAUAUGUCAACCCUUACAGAUAACAAAUAUCGUAAUCAUUACAGAUAACAACUAUCAUUACAGAUAACAACUAUCAUACAAACACUAAUUAAUUUCAAAAUUAUUUUCAAGGUUCUGCAUGUUUUAUUAUUGUAUCACACAUAAUAUUAUGUCCUAUCACUUAAUGUAUUACUACAUAGACGUUAGUUCACAAACAGGUAUUGUAUAUAAUAAUUGACGUAAAGUAAAAAACUUUAAAUUAUUUUUCACAUUAAUAUUGGCUGAUAUAGUCCAAUAUACCAUAGUAUCACUGUGGAUACUCAUACAUAGGCUACAUUGAACAAAAUAUUUAGUAACUGCGCUCAAGAAAUGGUGGAUUAAAUAACCAGCAUGCUGGCCAUGUAAUACAGAAUGAAAGACGGCCAUAAUGCAGGUGCCAGCAGAGUGAGCUACAACUCUUAUAAGAACUGGUCUUGAUGAAAUAGCUGGCACAUAAAAUGCAAACACAUUUUAGUUGUGCUCUCAGUAGACAGCUGGCAUAGUGAAGAUAGUGUAUCUCACUAGAAAGCUGGCACAGUGAAGAAAUUGUAUCUCAGUAGACAGCUGGCACAGUAAAGAUAUUGUAUCUCAGAAGACAGCUGGCACAGUGAAGAUAUUGUAUCCCAGUAGACAGCUGGCACAGUGAAUAUGUUGUAUCUCAGUAGACAGCUGGCACAGUAAAGAUAUUGUAUCUCAGUAAACAGCUGGCACAGUGAAGAUAUUGUAUCUCAGUAGACAGCUGGCAC